AUGUCUUUGGGUCAUACCUGUUACACGCCGUCUUCUCUGGCUGAUAACGACUCUAACACGCCGGAGCGCAACCAACUAUCACAAAGUAGCCAUCUCGUACCAAACACCCUCAGAAACUCGGCGUCACCUGCCUUAAACAACACACAGACACCAGAAGAGUGUCUGGCAGCUUUCGGUAACCACCAUCAACAGAUGUUUUUUGGCGACCACGACGACCAGUUCUAUGGUAUCAACUUUUCUUCCCUCACGGACGGCUCACCCUCCUUCCUUGAUGACGACUUCCUCCAGAUAGCCAACAGUAACCCCUUUGCGGACGACAUCUCUUCCGAACCAGUCCAGAAGACACAAAACGCCUUUUUAAAUGCCAGUCAUCUCCCCAUGAGUCCAGAAAAGACACCUUCAUUACAGACCUCCCCAAACCCCGAAGCCGGCUCCAACCAAGCUACCUUUCCGAAACGUCCAGUCAUUUCCGUCAUUACCCAAGAGGUCACCCAUAGGCCAAAACAGCCAUCGCUAUCAGACUCGCAGGACAGCAGCCAACCUGGAUACGAGUUGACAUCAGAAGCUACCAAUAGCGCGGAGCUGGGUGACGACGGCUCUGUACCCUCGAUCAACGUCAUGUCAGAGCAAAGUCCAAGGGUAACAGUCUCAAAUUACGACACCAUCAACUCGUACACCAUCAACGGCGCUCAACACCAUGUUCCAUACCCUGGCAUCAACGAAAAUGAUUUCGUCCAUCAGACCCCCGACGGCGAUAUGUCUCCAUCGUCGACACUCGCACGCGAUGAGUCUGUACGCUGGGCCCCAGAUCAAGCCAGCGGCCGAAGUGGAGUAGCUCCUGGUGACCGGUCUUCCGCCGAGGUGCGCAGCGUGAAUGAACUAGCAGCCGAGAAACAAGUUCAAGAACGGAAUGAGGAGGUCGAUGCCUGGAUGGCCAGGUUGAAGGCCGUCAGCCGCACAAGAUCGGGCUUUGUGGAUGUGAAUCAACCCUUCAUACGACCUCUUGACCACGAUGAUGAAAGUAUCGAUCCGCGGGAGAUUGGAGCGGAACCCUCUGAAAACAAGAAAAUAUCAGGGCAGACAUACUUCACAGAGAAAGGCGGCGAGAUGACAGCAAAAGAUCGAGCCAUCAUCUAUGGGAACCGCAACUGGGCCGAUGCACCCUUGUUAUUGCCCAUCACCUCUGAAAGACAUCAGCCAGAGACUUCUCAUGAUGCCAUGAAAAAGUUUGAGCAAAUGUGCAAAGACAAUGGCUCCAUUAUUUCAAGAGCAGCAACCUGGGGAACCAGGCGUCGCAGUAUUGGCACCAUAGACGCCGAGGUCGAAAGUGCUGGGAACAUUCUGAAAAAGCUGUCCUUGAGCAGAGGUGAAUCCAUUCGCCGACCUAGUGCAAUCUUCCAAGAGCUCCGAGGUCUAGUCAGAAGACCCAGUAACGCCAAACGAACUCGGGCCGAAAAUGAAGAGGUUGCUUCCAACUCAACACGCUCGUCGGUAGACCGAAAGGAAGGCCAAGGAAAUUUGAACUUGGCCCCCCCAAAUCGGACAGGAAGCUUGGGCAAGAAGCAAUCGGUUCCCAGCAUCAACACUGCCUUGGUCGCCAUGAGUAAUCUGGCAUCUAUUGGGGCCGUGCACGCUAGAAAUAGCUCCAUCAGUACUACUCCCAUUACUUCUCCUAACGCCAAAAGUCCAGCACGGAAUCUGGGUGUCAACUUGACCCGUCUUCGGAGCAGAUCGGACGCUCCUACCCUCGCAGCAAUGUUGAAGAAUCAUGGCGGUCCUCCAGCCCCUCUUCCAAGACCUUCUGCGGAACCCAAGCCUUCUGCUGAAGUCAUAGAGAUCGAUGAUGAUUCUGAUGAGGAAGAUGACGAGGACGGGGCAGGAGACUCCAACGUCGAUUCAAGCGCAUCGAUUGUCCAUGUUAAGCCAACGCAGGAUGGCUUCAAGCAACACUUCCUGGAGCUCCAUCCCAAGCUCCCCGAAAAAAGCCGUUACCUGGUGGACCGCAUUGCCUACCAGCAGAUGGUUCGUUAUAAGGCCCUGUUGAACCACAAGAAAGAGCACGAACAGCACCUGAUGAACAAGAGUUGCUCAUCUGGAUCUAUGUGUAUUAAAUCAGGCGGCAAGGCGAAGUUGAUGAGGGCCAAUCCUGGCGGCCGAGGGCUCUCUGUGCGGUCUGAAGAAGACGUGCCGCUGGGUGACAAAAUGAUCAACCCCAACCAGUUCCCUGCCAACAUUCCCCCACCGAUCACCAGGGACUUACCCGCUGAGCUGGAGUGCCAGUUGUGCUUCCAAGCAAAGAAAUUCGAGAAACCUUCGGACUGGACCAAGCACGUGCACGAAGACGUCUCGCCUUUUGCCUGCACGUGGGAAAACUGCAGAGAUGGCAACAAAACAUUCAAGCGAAAAGCUGAUUGGGUCCGCCAUGAAAACGAAGGCCAUCGUCAUCUCGAGUGGUGGAAGUGCGGCGUCGACGAUUGCACGCACGAUUGUUUCCGGCGGGAUAACUUCCUCCAGCAUCUCGUGCGCGAGCACAAGUUCCAGGAGCCCAAGUACAAGACAAAGGGCGAUAUCAGAAAGGCUGGCGGCGCGUGCCACCCAACCUGGCAGAUGGUGGAGAAAUGCCACAGAGUCACAAAGACAAAACCGGAGCAGGAGCCGUGUCGGUUUUGCGGGGAAAAGCUCACGACAUGGAAGAAGUUGACAGUCCACCUGGCGAAGCACAUGGAGCAAAUCAGCUUGCCCAUCAUCAAGCUCGUGGAGCGGACGGAGGUUGAUCCUGACACGAUCAUCAGCCCGGUGCAGGAACCUCCGCCGAGGCAUUUCCCGCCUCCUAUACCCGAAAAGAGCGAUAGGAGGCACAGCGGACAGCCUCACAUGCAGCAGCGGUUCGAUCCGGCAAUAGCUGGCUUGAGCCAUAUGCCAAUGCGCCAAAUGCCCAUGACAUAUUCCAACACCCCGCAGCAACACUCAGGCUUUAAUGGGUUCCAGUCCUUCCCUUCGCCUGGCUAUCAUGCCGUGCCCUUCGGUGACCUAUCACAAGGCAUGAUGACCUCGGGAUCAAUGAACAUGCCCAUGGCCCAGCAACCCAUGAGCCAAGGCUACGCCAACCUGAUAGCCUCUCAGGCAGCGUACACCACCAUGCCGAUGACCACUACAGCCGGAUACCUGACUUCUCCCAUGUCAUCUUCGCAGAUGGGUGUCACCUCACAGCUGACUACUCCCCUGAUGGGCACACCGUUGAUGGGCCCGAUGCCUAACCAAUUUGUGGGGGUGUCGCCAGACGGCAUGGGAACCGAGUCUUUCCCUGGGAUAGAUCUCAACAUGAAUAUGAACGCCUUGGGACUUCAAGAUUCUGCCUCGAUGGGGUACGCAAACUUGGAUAGUGGCGGCGGAAUGUUGACUAAUACGAGCCUUACUUCCAAUCCAAGCCAGGGCAACAGUCUAUCGCAUUCGCAGAAUGGCCAUCACGGUAGACAACACUCACAUGGACAUGUGGCUGCGCAGUUCAUGCCAAUGGCAGGUCCUCAUGGGAGUGUGAGUCCGUUUGGGACGUCGCCUAUGCCGGGACAGAAUGGGUUCUACUGA